AUGGAGUCUUUUCUUGCUGCGAGGGCGAAGUUGAGCAAGAUGAAGAAGCUGGAGGUCCUUGGUGAGGGGGCCUACGGCGUAGUGCAUAAGGCGCAAAACGACGUGACCGGAGAGAUCGUUGCCAUAAAGCAGAUCAAAGAUUUUGGAGAAAACAAUACUGGUAUAAGGGUGACGACGAUGAGAGAGAUCAAUGCUCUGAAAGGCCUUAGACAUCACAACGUGAUACAGCUUAAGGAUGUCCUCUGCGCGGGUUACAAAUCAUUCUUUAUGGUGUUCGAAUAUUUUGGAAUAGAUUUAAAGUUGUAUUUAGCUAGGGUAAACUGCAAACCAGACGAGAUGUUGGUGAGGAGCUACACCAAGCAGUUGAUGGAAGCGUUGGCCUUCAUCCAUUCCAACCGGGUAAUGCAUAGAGAUGUAAAACCGGAUAAUGUGUUAGUCGAUAAUGAGGGCAAUCUCAAGUUGGCAGAUUUUGGUCUGUGCCGCAAAUUUUCAAUCCCUAUGAAGAAUUACACGCAAAGAAUCAUGUCCCUCUGGUAUAGAGCGCCGGAAAUCCUCUUUGGUUCGUCCAUGUAUGGACCGAAAGUAGAUAUGUGGGGUGCAGGAUGCGUGAUGGCCGAGAUUAUAAACUACGAAGUCAUGUUUAAUGGUUACUCAGAAAUCGAACAGAUCACCAAGAUAUGCAAGGUGCUAGGAAAUCCUGACGAAGGUGAUCCCAUGCUGGGAUGCUACCAUCACAUCAAUUUCGAAGCAGGCGAAUUCGAAUUAUUUAAGAAGGCCAAAGGUCUUGGCGCUCAUAUAGACUUCCAUAGUCAGGAACAACUAAAGUUUCUAGAGAGCAUCAUAGUUUUGAAGCCGCUUAUGAGGAAGAGUGCAAUGGAAUGCCUCGAGAUGGAUUACCUUCAGAACGUGGAGAAGGUUUUGCCAGUGCAGUGGUGUUUCAAUAAGAACUAA